AUGGAAGCUUCGUUACCCUCUCCAACAACAACAGUCACAGCAACAAUUGAUUUAAAAUCAACUGAUCCGCAAGAAAUACAACAACAAAAAGGAACACGUCUUAGAAAUAAAAGUCGUAAAGGUUCCAUGUCAAUCGUAUCAAAAGAAUCAAAAUCUUCGUCUCCUUAUUCUACCAAUAAAAACACAAUUGCACGAGAAAAGAAACAACGGCAACAAAACGAAAACCUUCCAAAAAGCCCUAUACAAAUUCAAUCUAAAAUAUCGAAUUCGAAUAAAAAGGAAGAAUGCAUAUCGAUUCCGGAUGCAGACAAACAAGAAUUCGAUCAUUUGAUUGAUAUUAAAAAAAAUACUAAUGACUAUGAUAAUAGCACUGCUGCUAUGAAUUCUCCGCAAUCACAACAACAACACAAUACAGAUUCUACCUCACAACCUGUUGAUGCGGACUCUACUCCCACUCCAAAUAAUAUUGCUAAUGACUUUUCGAAAUCAGAACAAUCGCAACUGCUUACUCCACCGGAACUAUUUGAAGACAUACCACCAGAAUUUCUAGAACAAGUGAGAUUAUUAGAAGAAGAAGAACGAGCGCGACGUAAAUACUACGAGGACUAUUUACAUGUCGAUAUGGAUUUUUAA